AUGGCAGAAAUAUUCGGCGUCGUGGCCGGUGGAAUCGGGGUAGCCUCAUUCGUGGCUCAGAUUGGCGACAACCUCAUCAAGCUGAAGAAUAUUACAGAUUCUAUGAAAGAUGCACCGAAAGAGUUGCGAUCCAUCAUUCAAAACGUCGAAGAGUUGGGCCACAUUCUCGAAAGCAUAAGGACUCGCGCCCGAUAUCUCCAGAUUCCAGACGGAGCAGACGACAUCAUCGAUCACUCGCUCGCCAGCUGCCACGCGGCGGCGCAAGAACUUUACCAAGUUGCUACGCAUCUCGAGCUUCUGAUAUCUGGCAACGGUCGAAAAGGGCGUUUCAAAUUCGCUGUCAAGAAACAAGGCAUUGAAGAUCUUCGAAGAAAAUUAGAAGAGACAAAGAGCAACAUCCAGCUAGCUCACAUAGCAAGCAAUAUAUUCUUCCAGCAGCAUCAGUACUUUUCACAUAUCAACCAGCAGCGAAUUAAUCAGCAAAUAUGUCAAGAAUUACAGAGAUUGAAAACAACAGAUUCAAGAUCUACCCAAUCAGCAGAUUUAUCAGUGUCCUCAACUAAAGAUACACCAGUGCACUCAAGUCACGAGAUAUGGAAGGGCCCCUCGGUUAUGGGCUUUCUAUUCGGUGGAGUUCAGUACAGUUUCAAUCAGUACAGUUUGAAUAAAAAUGAUAGCCGCAAAUCCAAGUCGGCAAUAAGAAGCGUUGCGAAAGUACGUAUCUUUACACCUCAGUGGAUCUCUAGAAAUGUCUAUGAAGCCCAAAUUAUCCAAGACCGAUGGAGUUGCAGUUUUAAUCUUCGACCAUACAGUAUUGUACCUGUAGAUUGCGAGUUAUUCCACUGUGUGGGGGAGGGGAAUGUGGAAGGAAUACAAAGGCUUUUCAAUCUUGGCUUGGCCACUCCCUUUGACCGUGAUAUACAUGGUUUCACAGCACUCCACUAUGCAGUGUAUAAUCAUCGAGCACAGGCUUGUAAACUCCUGUUGGAUGAGGGGGCUGAGGCUUUCGCGCUAGAUGGUACUGGAGUUCAUGGAAAAGUCCCUAUUCAUUGGCUUGAUAGUGAAAUAUAUGACCACUCUGUCAAAGAGAUCUUAUCAUUAUUUUUCCACGAAAAUCAAGACGCUCUGAUUUCAUUUGGUGACGGCAAGAGCAUGUUGGAGAGCGCCUUUGUGGAGCGCUACCAAGCAAUGGAACUGUCACUGAAAUAUGCGUAUCCUCCAUACUCAGAGCGUUCAACGGAGGAUAAGAUCGAAUUCGUUCUCACAUUUUCUCUCGUCGUUCAUCCUCGAGCUUUAGAGCUUGCCCUCGGUGAAGCUUCACUAGAGCGUCAUCAAUUCGAGAUAUGCGAUUCGGCAGGCUAUACUUUGACUGAAUGCAUCAUCCGUAAUCUGGUGUGCAAUGCACUCCUCGAUCCGGAAAUUGUGGAAGAAUGUUUUCCAAUUUUGCAGCAGGCAAUACGAUCACACAUCGAUCUCUACCGUCCCGACAGAAACCAUUUAACCAUCAUCUCACUCCUCUUGCUUUUUUACGCUGGUUAUUCAUCAUACGUUUUGACAUUUCGAGACUUUUGUCCCAGUGGUAAAUGGCUGUUGAAAAAAUAUCUCAAGUGCUUGGUCUUGGCUGGUGUUGAUCUAACACUCUACGGCGCAAAAGAAAGAGAGAUACACCAGAAUGAGAGGAAGUUUUCGGACGUACAUACUUGGAGGAUCUGUCACGACUGGGGAAAUCACGAGGAUUGCUUCGCUGGGUUCUAUUCGUUCUGUAUUAAAUACGGGCCGACGAUACACGACUGGGACGUAUGGGACGACCGCGCUGCGAACUACGAAUACGCUGAAGACUUCUGGGAGAUGAUCGAGAGUCCUUGGGAACAGCUACCAGGGGCGUGGAUUGAUUAA